UUUCUGCUUCAGAUUUGAAAAUUUUUGAUAUGAGAAUUUUAUGGUUUGGGUUUGGCAUAAAAUACUCUUCUUCUAUACACCCAUAGAAUCUGAGCAUUCCCCAACCCAAUUGAUGUUUUUAGGUUUUCAUGGGUUUAUAUUAAAUUCCAAUCAAGAAAAUGUGAGCUAGAAGAAAUGAAACUACCGCUACUUGCUUGACAUACUUUUUAGUUUUUUGUGAACACUUCCUUAUUUAUGAAAUAUGAGCGCAUAAAAUUCCUUCCUUUUGGAGUACAAAAAGUUGAACAGUUAAUAUUCUUGUAUGGUACUGGAGUUUAUGUUGCUUAAUAAAUGUUCUUUCCUUAUAAGAAUGCAAAAGUGAUUGGCCUUUUAUUUUCUCUUUUCUUUUAAAUGCAUAGCCGAGCUUUUUAUGACAACAGCCUCUCACAAGAGGUUAGCGGAGAUGCUCUUGGAGAGGAGUUUAAAGGCUAUGUUUUCAAGAUUAUGGGAGGAUGUGACAAGCAAGGAUUCCCCAUGAAACAAGGAGUGUUAACAACUGGUCGGCCCCGUCUCUUGCUCCAAAGAGGGACUCCAUGCUUUCGUGGACAUGGAAGGUGCACCGGAGCGAGGAGGAGGAAGUCUGUUCGUGGGUGCAUUGUGAGCCGAGACCUUUCUGUUCUGAACUUGGUUAUUGUGAAGAAAGGUGAGAGCAAACUUUCCGGCUUGACUGACACUAACAAACCAAGGUUGAGGGGUCCUAAGAGGGCAUCAAAAAUUUGUAAACUCUUCAGCCUCUCCGAGGAAGACAAUGUUCGAAACUACGUGAACACGUACUGCUGGACGUUCACAAACAAAGCUGAUGGACCUUUACUGUGGUUUUAGACUAGAUGGAUCAACAUGUGCCAUGGGCUAGAUUAUUUUCUAUUUUGCUAUGAAAAGUUCUCUUUCCAAGUACUUUUCAAUCCAGCAAACUAUCUACUCUAUAUGCAAAGUAUCAUCACUAAAUAGGUUGCGCACUCUGUGCUUUUCCUAUCUAUC